CUAACACUUGAGUGUGUCACAUUUAUAGUGUUCCGGUGUUUCGUUGUUUUAGCUCGGUGAUUGAAUGAUUCUGUGAGUGUUGACUUCCUGGUUCGUUCAUUAGAACGCAGUUAUCCCACUCUGUUUCCGCGGAGCCUCGCUCUCAUUCUCGGUGUUAACGCCCUCGGUUUCCUCUUCAAUCCAGACACUGAAGCUACGUUCUAUGAAAUCACAAGCGGCAGAUCUGUCAUUUGACUGAGCGGAACACACCGGGUUGGAUGGCGUGACCCCAGGUGCUCUCUCCUGAGGCUGACAACAGUGCAGGAUGUCAGACAGUGGGAACCAGUCCUGUCUGAUGGGAGCAGAGGACACUGUCUCCUUCCUGGUGUGUGUGUUCCAUGCUUUGGAGGAAUGGGCUGGUCUUGGUCAGGUGGAGGACUACCUGAGUGUUUUGGAGUACCUGCUGUGGGUCUUCACCCCUCUGGCUAUCGUCUUCAUUCUGCCCUUCCUCAUCGUCAUAUUCCUCUACCUGUCGAUACUCUUCCUUCAAGUCUAUAAGAGGAAAAAUCAACUGAGGGAAGCUUACUCCAACAACCUGUGGGAUGGGGCCAGGAAGACUCUGGCUACUCUGUGGGACGGACAUGGAGCCAUAUGGCAUGGCUAUGAGAUCCAUGGGCUGGAGAAAAUCCCUGAUAAAGGACCAGCACUGAUCGUGUACUAUCAUGGAGCGAUUCCUAUCGACUACUACUACUUCCUGGCCAGUGUUAUCCUCCAGAAAGGACGGACCUGUCACUCUGUGGCUGACCACUUACUCUUCAAAAUUCCAGGUUUCAAAUUACUAUUGGAAGUGUUCAGUGUGAUCCAUGGCCCUCAGGAAGAGUGUGUGCGAGCUCUGAAGAAUGGUCACCUGUUGGGUAUUUCCCCUGGAGGAGUGCGGGAAGCUCUGCUCAGUGAUGAGACUUACCCUCUUCUAUGGGGCAAACGUAAAGGCUUUGCUCAAGUCGCCAUUGACUCUCAAGUGCCAGUAAUUCCAAUGUUUACUCAGAAUCUGCGAGAGGGCUUCAGGUCUUUGGGAACUCUCAGAUUAUUCCGCUGGAUGUAUGAGAGGUUCCGUCUACCUGUAGCACCUGUUUAUGGUGGAUUUCCUGUGAAAUUCCGGACCUUCCUUGGGGAUCCCAUCCAAUAUGAUCCAAACAUGAAUGCUGCAGAGCUUGCGGAGAAAGUUCAGCAGGCUGUCCAGUCUCUGAUAGACCAGCACCAGCAGAUCCCAGGGAAUAUCCUGAGAGCCUUGAUAGAGAGAUUCUACACCAAACACAAAGAUCAUUAACAUCAGUAGCAAAACAGAGACAAACUGUUACGUCUCUGAUUUCUUCAGUGUGCACAUUUUUGGAGUAUUUUCACGACUUCCUUCUCUUCCCUUAAACAUGUUUAAUUAGACAUUGGUUGGUAUGUCUGUUUCGAACUUGGUUAGGGACUAUCAGAAUCAGUAGUUUUCCGGCAAUUUAUUUUUGGGACUUUUUCAGGAGCUUCUCCCAAAAUAUUAAAGUUUUAUUUCUAAUUGAGCAGAGCUUUAGUUCAGGCAAGUCAUGAAGUUAAGUUCAGACAGAAUCCAGUAUGUCAGCCCACAUCAGCUUAUGGCUCAGCUGAUCCCCUCCAGACAUUUAAAUGGUCAAGCUUAUAUUGCAUACUCUAUUAAAAGUCCAGUGUGUCAGAUUUAGGUGAAAGGGAUCAAUUGGUAGAAUAUUAAAUAUAAAAUAAUCCUACUCAUGUUUUUACUUGUGUAAAUUGUACGAAUUGUUUUCUUUAUCCCUAAAUGGGUUCUUUAUAUUUACUUCAGGAGCAGGUCCUCUCUACGGAGGCUGCCAUGAUUUUGAAAGUAGCCAAGACUUGACAAACUAAACCUUUUGAGUUUUUAUGACAACUGAAGGCUACCACAAGUUCUCUUCCAUGUUUUGAAGGGGAGGGUGAGGUGAUGGGGUAUUCAGCUGCAACAUGCAACUUCACCACUAGAUUUCACUACACACUGAACCUUUAAAGCUACUUUACUCUGCCCACUCUUUCUGCUUCCACUACAAACCACUUUGCCAACCAUGUCUCAAUUAUGCUUUUUCUGUAUUGUCCAGGUAAAGCUUAAAUCCUGAAGUAAAAUACCUUUGUCCAAUAAGGGCCAUUUAAAUGUUUAUAACAGCCUUCAUCAGUAAACUAGCAAAGUGUUUGAUGUCAGAUGGUAGUGAUGAUGAUGAAGAUGAUGCUACUUAGAUCUGCUUUUUAGCUAGGUUAAGCUAGUCUGUUGUUUGAUCGCAGACUAGCGAAAAACACUGGAACUUUCUUUCAGUAUCCUUCAGUGUUUUACAACUAUCUUGUGCCAUAUCAGUUAUCGGCAAUCCAACCGUUCUUUGAGAAAAUCUGACCCGUUGGAAAAAAAUACUUUGUCUAGUUAAUGCAGCACUGCUAACAAGGCUUCUUCAUAAAUUCUCCCUCUGAUUGACAUUUUAGCUUUUCAGUUGUCACUUGGCCACCACAUGUCACUUUUCUUGACAGCCUCCAUUGUUAUCGAUGAAACGUAACAGCUAUGUGUUUCUUUCACCCUGAUGAUGACCUGCCAGAUGGCACUUUCCUAAAGGACACAUUAGUACAUUUAAAGUUACUUUCUUUUAUUGCAAAAAAAAAGCAAUGGGUCUCAAGAGAUUUGUUUUCAAUGGGGUGUAUAGGGUCUGGAGCAACAAGGUUCUCCAACCCUGGUCUACGGUCUAUAAGGACUCUUGAGUUCCUUUGUUGUCGGUUUUGGAAAAUCCCAUGAUGCUUACUUCUAUAUAUAUUUACCAAUAAUAUUUAGAGUUUGUAUUGUCCCUGUUGCCAGUUGUGUGAAACAAGAGCAACCCGCUUGUUCUGAGAAAAUUAGUUCAUCAGCUAAAAAAAUUAUCAAGUGCAGUAACUGUGGCUUUGCUAUAUCAUCGUACAAAAACUGCAGAUGAAGUUUAGACAUGUUGUCUUCAGAUAUUCAUGUCUCUUAAGGUAGGGCCAAUACACUUAACAAUGUGUGAAGGAGGCUCGAGAUGAAGGUCGUACAAAAGUAUUGUCUGUGUGUGGACUUGCGGGCAUCUGCUAUACUGCGAGAUUACCCCUCAUAAAACCAUAAGUGUCCCUUCACAAAAUUGAAAUAUCUUCUGUCUAUAAUAUUUAUCAUAUCAGUACAGAUAUGGAAGUGUUUGUUUAAUUCCCAGACCCUCGGAGCUUCGUAAGAAAUGCUGCAAACGAAACAUUUGACAUUUUGCAUAGUCAUAUUGUUGAAAUAUAUUUGCAUGCCUGAGCACAUAUUAAGUUUCAGUGAUGUUGCACAUAUUGUCUUCAGAGUGUUGCUGCCAACUGACAUUUGCGAAAGAAGCCUUUUGUCUCUUUGUGAGAGAUGAUUAACUAGAUGCUUUACUUCUGUCAACUUGUCCUUUUCCAUAUUUAUGUUGUUCAUCUAAUUUGUGUUUUUAAAUUAUGUCAAUAGAAUAUUUAAAUGUUGCACUUUUAAAUAUUGAGAUUCAGAUGAACCUGUUAAUAAAUCUAUUUUAUUAGUUUUA